AUGGCAGAUGGGGGCGGUAUUGGCGGGAGCGAUGAAGGCUUCAUCUCCUUUGCAUUCGCCAUUGUCUCGGUGGUGAUGAUCAUCCUCUACAUUCCGUGGCUGGUGCGCCACGUGCGGGGCGCCGUUGAUUACUACACCGCCCCAAAGAAAAAGCGGGCCGGUAUGACAAGUCCAUUCGAGGGAAUGUGGGACACGCUGACGUACCUUCCGCGGGUUGUGUCCCUGCUGGCGGCGAACCCCGACAUGCUGCUGGCCGGCGCACGCGUCUGCUGGGAGGAGAAGGUCUUCUUUCUGCGGUGUGUGGUGCCAAAGUUCCUCAAGUUCACCAUCCGGCCGAAGAUUCUGGUGCUCUGGCUCUGGGUGGUCCUCUUCUCCUCGGCGAUGUACGUGACGCUCACCUUUGAUGCCCACGCGGUCCUUGGGGUGGGCUCCAGCGCCACAACGAGCGAGAUCAAGAAGGCGUAUCGUGCGCUCUCCAAACGGUACCACCCGGAUCAUAACAAAACAGAGGAGGCGCGAGGCAUCUACAUUCAGGUGCGUCGCGCGUAUAAGGCGCUCGUAGACCGCGAGGCAUUUGAAGAGGAGGAGGCCAAAAAUGUCCACGAGUUCUCCGUGGGCAUUGCACUUCCAAGCUUCCUCACCUCACGCGAACACGAUGGAAUGGUGUUGUUUGGUCUCCUCUGCAUUCUCAUUGGUGUGCCGAUUAUUAUUUGGUAUAACUUCAGAGGGACACAAAAGAUACCCCACUUGCUUUGGCGCGUUUACUUUGACAAGGAGCGGGUGGAACAUUUUCUAAAGCAUCUUGGGAUUCCGGAGGAUCCAAAGCACAUUGAACGACGUGACUCACGGCGAUGCACGCUGCAGGUGCUUACUACACUAGGUAUCGUGCCGCCGAAUACCCGUGAAAGUGUUGUGGCAAACUUCCCGCCCUUUCCUGACUUCAUUACACGUUGCGUGGAGGUGGAAAAGAAUAUGGCGUACCUGCAGAACUUUAUGGAUCCCGCCACGAUUCAGCUCCUUCACGAGUACAUGGUUAGCAAUGGCGUUCGCCUGCUUGAUGAGUUUGAUGCCGCCCAUUCAGAGUUGAAUCAGGUUGAUAUUUCAGAGUUUAAACCGCUUCCGAUUGCCAAAUAUAAAGCCAUUCGUUAUCUUUUCACGCAGCACAUAGUGCAGGUGGAUGAGGCGCUUGAAGAGUUGCUGGAGAACAUGGGCGGCAACCUCCCUAGUGCACGAAAGCUGCUGAACCUUCAUGUAGAGCUGUUUGACCUUCUUCGUUUGGUGUUCGAGUGUGAAGGAAAGCCGGUGAGGCAACACGUUCAAAAACUCAUUGCAAUGCCUCAGCGGGUCUGCGAUAUUGUGGACUCCCUAGAGCCCGAGAUUGAGACAAUUUACAAGCGCGUGUAUAAAAACUGCCUGCAGCAGCAGCUUGGAAACAAGCAUGAGCGCCGUGUUUUUAAGGCUAACAUGCGCAGAGCCUAG